AUGUCGAAGUUGCUUUUGGCACUACUUCCUGCGGCCUUCGGCCAGCAGCAAGCAGGAUCGUACAUGGCCGAGUAUGCGGAAGACUACAUGAAGUACAUGUCCAAUGGUGGUGGUGACUAUCAGAAGUACUACCAGAAGUACAUGGACUCCUACGGUUCAGGUGGCGGCGGUGGCUACGAGAAGUACAUGUCGGAGUAUGCCGGCAAGUACGCCGGUCAGUACGUGCCGGGCUCCGUGCCGGGCUCCAAGUCUGAGCACUCCAAAGCCGCGGACGUCCUGGUCUUGGCCGCUGAGGAUCCAAAGGAUCAGAAGUCCAAGCAUGAGAAGUCCAAGGACUCCAAGGACUCCAAGGAGUCUAAGGAGUCUGAGCAUUCCAAGAGCACUGCUAGCGAUGCCAGCGAUGCCAGCGACGCGUCUGGUGACUACCAAAAGUACAUGGACAAGUAUUCCAAGGACUACAAGCAGUACAUGCAAGCCCAGGGUGCGGCAACUAAGGGACAGGCUGCCGGAAGUUACCAGAAGUACAUGGAUCAGUACAGUUCUGCACAAGGGGCUGGCGACUAUCAGAAGUACAUGGACUACCAGAAGUACAUGCAGGGCCAGGGUUCCAAGGGUGGAAACUACCAGAAGUACAUGGCUCAAUAUGCUGAUGACUUCCAAAAGUACAUGUCUCAGUAUGCUGAUGACUACCAGAAGUACAUGCAGGGCCAGGGUUCCAAGGGUGGAAACUACCAGAAGUACAUGGCUCAGUACGCUGAUGACUUUCAGAAGUACAUGCAGGGCCAGGGUUCCAAGGGUGGUGACUACCAGAAGUACAUGCAGCAGUACUCUGCCGACUUUGAAAAGUACAUGCAGGGUGGCGGUUCCAAGGGUGGUGACUACCAGAAGUACAUGGCUCAAUACGCUGGUGACUACCAGAAGUACAUGCAGGGCCAGGGUUCCAAGGGUGGUGACUACCAGAAGUACAUGGAACAGUACGCUGAUGACUACCAAAAGUACAUGCAGGGCCAGGGUUCCAAGGGUGGAAACUACCAGAAGUACAUGGCUCAGUACGCUGAUGACUUUCAAAAGUACAUGCAGGGCCAGGGUUCCAAGGGUGGUGGCUACCAGAAGUACAUGCAGCAGUACUCUGCCGACUUUGAAAAGUACAUGCAGGGUGGCGGCUCCAAGGGUGGUGACUACCAGAAGUACAUGGCUCAGUAUGCGGACGACUACCAGAAGUACAUGCAGGGCAGCGGCUCCAAGGGUGGUGACUAUCAGCAGUACAUGAAGCAGUACUCCGGUGACUACCAGAAGUACAUGCAGGGCGCUGGUUCCCAGGGUGGUGACUAUCAGCAGUACAUGAAGCAGUACUCCGGUGACUACCAGAAGUACAUGCAGGGCGCUGGUUCCCAGGGUGGUGACUAUCAGCAGUACAUGAAGCAGUACUCCGGUGACUACCAGAAGUACAUGCAGGGCGCUGGUUCCCAGGGUGGUGACUAUCAGCAGUACAUGAAGCAGUACUCCGGUGACUACCAGAAGUACAUGCAGGGCGCUGGUUCCCAGGGUGGUGACUAUCAGCAGUACAUGAAGCAGUACUCCGGUGACUACCAGAAGUACAUGCAGGGCGCUGGUUCCCAGGGUGGUGACUAUCAGCAGUACAUGAAGCAGUACUCCGGUGACUACCAGAAGUACAUGCAGGGCGCUGGUUCCCAGGGUGGUGACUAUCAGCAGUACAUGAAGCAGUACUCCGGUGACUACCAGAAGUACAUGCAGGGCGCUGGUUCCCAGGGUGGUGACUAUCAGCAGUACAUGAAGCAAUACUCUGGUGACUACCAGAAGUACAUGCAGGGUGCUGGUUCGAUGGGCGGUGACUACCAGAAGUACAUGGAUCAAUAUGCAUCUAAGUACACCAAUGGUCAGAAGUCUAAGGAAGACCAUGCUGCUGCCGACAGUGCUGUGCUGAUUGCGGCUGGGUCGGAUGUCAAGACCGAUUCGGCUGAUGAGAAGCAGUUCAUGGCCAAGUUCGCCAAGGACUACGAGCACUACAUGGAGGAGCGAGGCAAGAACGUCUCCAAGGACUUCGAAAAGUACAUGGAAGAACACGCCAGCAAGUACAAGCACUACUUGGAGGCCCGAAGCGACAAGGCAGCGGGCGACUUCCAGAAGUACUUCGAGGACUACCAGAAGUACAUGAAGAGCAAGGACUUCAAAGACUUCGUGGACAAGUAUGCCAGCGACUAUGCCAGCUAUCUCAAGGAACGCGGUCAGGAGUACAUGAGCGGGGACAAAAAGGAGGCCAAGGCAGCAAUGCUCGUGGCCACUCCCGUGGAAGAUGAGAGCCAAAAGGAACACGACGCUCUGUCCGCAGAGCUGAAGCAAGAGCAACAGAGACUCGAUGAUGAGAUGAAGUACGAGAAGGAGUUGCGCGAGAAGGAGAAGGAACACCUUGCGGAGGAGUUGAAGCGUGAGGCUGCUGAGGAAGCCGCAGAAGCCAAGCAGGCUGAAGCCAAGACCUCCAAGACCGAUGCGAAGCCGGAGGUGCUGAUCGAACAACGCUCCAGCGCAUUCGCCGUGCCCGCAGUGUUCCUCGCUGCCUUCGUUGCAGUGGGUGCCACAUUCGCCUUCCUCCGUCGGAGCCGACAGAUUCGCGAGCACGAGGAUUACGUGAUGCAUCUUGAUGCACCAUUGUCCACCGU